AUGCCGCGACAAAUAAAGAUAGUAUCUGGAGACGCAGCCCGUAAGCCAACCGACCGACCAACCAUCAAACCAAGUAACCAAUCCACCGACCGACCAACCAUCAAACCAAGUAACCAAUCCACCGACCGACCAACAAUCAAACCAAGUAACCAAUCCACCGACCGACCAACCAUCGAACCAAGUAACCAAGCAACCAACCGACCAACCAUCAAACCAAGUAACCAAGCAACCAACCGACCAAACAUCAAACAAAGUAACCAAUCCACCGACCGACCAAACAUCGAACCAAGUAACCAAGCAACCAACCAUCAAACCAAGAUUAAUGAUGUCUGGGAGAGUGGUUAUUGGAUUAGUGAGGUGUGGAAGAGUGGUUACUGGAUUAGUGAGGUGUGGGAGAGUGGUUACUGGAUUAGUGAGGUGUGGGAGAGUGGUUACUGGAUUAGUGAGGUGUGGGAGAGUGGUUACUGGAUUAAUGAGGUGUGGGAGAGUGGUUACUGGAUUAGUGAGGUGUGGGAGAGUGGUUACUGGAUUAGUGAGGUGUGGGAGAGUGGUUACUGGAUUAGUGAGGUGUCGGAGAGUGGUUACUGGAUUAGUGAGGUGUAG